AUGGUCACUCAGCUGUUCGGCUUCGCUGCUGGCCUGCUUGCGUUGAGCGGGCUUGCCAAUGCCCAUGGCUCGCAUUCAAAUGACGAAGCUCCCUCAGAUGAUUGGGCUACGAGACACAUGAUAGAGGAACACCACAUAAGAUCCUUUGACCCAACCUCAUUCUUCAUCCUUCACGACUACGAUUCCUCAGGGACAUGGACACAAGACGAAGUCCGCAAGACGUACGGCCUCAACGACGAAUCCAAUGCAUCUGUCAGUGAAGACAAGAAACAAGAGGCUGUGCGCGCAGUGUUUGAGCUUUUCGACAGUGGAAACACUGGGUUUAUUAACCGGGAGAACUGGCUGGCAGGUAUUGCUGCAGGCAAACGGCUGCCCGAUCUCGGUUACGGCCCCGGACACCAUGGUGACAUGGAGUAUGAGUAUGAGAUCCAUCACUUUGAGAAAUACCACGGCGAUGACACCACGGAGGAGGACCUGACCCACCCCGAGGACAUUGAGCAUUUCCGCAAGCAUGACGAGGAGGAGGAUGCUGCUAUUGCCCUCGAGAAGCUGGAGCAGAUUCAAGUUGUUGUUAGCAAUGUUCCUCAAAAGUUCCGCCGUAAUAUUUAA